CCGCGUUCAACGCUCUCACUUUCUCUCUCUCUUUCGUGUAAGAUUAAGUCGUGUCGCCGAAAGGUAAAACCCCACCCAACACCCACAAACUCAGCCCCAGUCGGCGGACCAUUUAUCAUCCUUCUCUCGGGGUUUCGUCUUAAUCUCAACAACGUCGGUCAACUCAACAUCAUUCCAACAAGAAUCUAGGGUUUGUUGACUUGUUUGGCGGUGAUUGUGGUUGUUGUGUUUGUGAUGAUGAUGAUGAACUGACUUCUAAUUUGGAUCAAUUUUGUACCUUUUUGAAAUGAUGGAGGGUCAAAAUUUGGUAGCCGAUAGUCAAAUUUCCGAUAGGGUUCAACCGAUUGGCGAUGGUUCAAAGGUGGUCGGUGGUAUGGCGGAUGUUAUUGAGGGCGUCUCCGGUGGAGGAGCAAAGGUGGAGUUAGGUAGCGGCGGAGGGGGAAGGGCAGUGUCGAAGAAGAAGCGAGGGCGGCCGCCUAAGGGUAUGGUGAAACCGCCUCCUGCUAAGAAGAAUAAAGAAGUGGAGGAGGAAGAAGAUGUUUGCUUUAUUUGCUUCGAUGGUGGGAGUCUCGUGCUUUGCGAUCGCAGGGGUUGUCCGAAGGCAUAUCAUCCAGCUUGUAUCAAACGGGAUGAAGCAUUUUUCGAGUCUGCAGCUAAAUGGAAUUGUGGCUGGCAUAUAUGCAGUAUAUGUGAGAAGACAGCUCAUCAUAUGUGCUACACUUGUACAUAUUCAUUGUGCAGAAGUUGCAUUCGGAAAUCUGAUUAUGUUUGUGUUAGAGGUGAUAAAGGCUUCUGCACUAUUUGCAUGAAAACAAUCAUGUUGAUUGAAAAUAAUGGUCAAGGAGAAGAUGGAAAGGUUCAAGCAGAUUUUGAUGAUAAACUUAGUUGGGAGUAUCUUUUUAAGGUAUAUUGGGUUUACUUAAAAGGGAAAUUAUCAUUAACUUUAGAAGAACUCACUCAAGCUAAAAACCCAUGGAAAAUAUCCACUACAAUUUCUACAACACCUUCACCUCUUCCAUCAACCACCAUUACACCACCACCCCCAUUACUCCCACCACCACCACCACCACCAACUGCAGCAGCAGUAGCACCACCACCACCACCACCAACAACAACAACAACAACACCACCAACAACAACACCACCACCACCACCACCAACAACAACAACAUCAUUUGAUAAACAUGAAGAAAACGAAUCAAAAAGAAGAAAAAUAGAAGAUCAUAUUCAUAUCAAUACAACACCACCCCAUAAAGAACCUGUAAUUACAGAAAAACCAUUGAUCAAGAAGGAUGAAUUAGGGUCAAAAGAUUGGGCAACAAAAGAGCUGUUGGAUUUUGUUUCACACAUGAAAAACGGGAACACAUCUGUAUUAUCCCGAAUUGAUGUCCAAUCACUUUUAAUGGAAUAUAUAAAGAGAAAUAAUCUUCGUGACCCAAAAAAGAAAAACCAAAUCAUAUGCGAUUCAAGGCUAAAAAAUCUUUUUGGGAAACCAAGAGUUGGACACAUUGAAAUGUUGACACAUUUGGAGUACCAUUUUUUCAUUGAAGAGGAUUUAUGUAAGACCACAGUCAACAAUUCGGUCAACACCACUGCAGUAUUAGAUGAUCCUGAUUGGACCAAUGAGAAUGUGGUUGUGGUUAAAGAGAAGAAACGUAGGAGAAGAAGUAAAGGGGUAGAAAUGGAACGUGGAUCACAGAACAAAUUGGAUGAAUUUGGUGCAAUUGAUGUUCAUAAUAUGAAUUUGAUAUACCUAAGAAGGGAUUUAAUGGUGAAGCUUCUAGAAGAUAGUGGAAGUUUCCAUGGGAAGGUGGUGGGGUCCAUUGUGAGGAUAAUAGUAUCGGGUAGUGAUCAGAAGAAUGAUAUGUACAGGCUUGUGAAAGUUGUAGGUACAAGUAAGGCGGAUGUAAUGUAUAAGAUUGAUGGAAAGUUAACAGAUUUUAUGCUUGAAGUAUUGAAUUUAGACAAGAAGGAGACUAUAUCUAUUGAUACAAUUUCAGAUCAAGAAUUUUCUGAGGAAGAAUGUAGACGCCUGCAACAAAGUAUAAGAUGUGGGCUUGUAAAACACUUUACUGUAGGUGAAAUACAAGAAAAGGCAAUCGCCCUACAGUCAGUCAGACUAGAUGAUUGGAUGGAAAAGGAGAUAUUGCGGCUCAAUCAUCUUCGUGAUACUCUAGAUGAACGAGAACACAGACUACAAGAAAUCCCAGAAGUCCAUUCAGAUCCAAAAAUGAAUCCAGAUUAUGAAUCAGAUGACACUGAAGAGUAUUUCAACAAAGAACAUGGAGAUGAUAUGGAGUCAAAGUAUUGUGGGGUGAAGAGUUCAAGAUCUCCUAAAAAAAGAGCAGGAAGUUCCAAUGAUGCAAAUGGGCGAACAAAGAAAAACGAGCAAUUAAAAAACUUAAAUGUUUCAAAUGAUGAAGAGGGAGGAAAUACAAAAGAAGGAAAUACCAAAGAUACCCCUGGCCUUGGUAAAACAGAACAUGAGAUUGAGUGUAAUGGUUCAACCAUCACUAAAUUAAGCUCAUCAGUAUCCAAUAGUGUUCAAGAAACAACAACAAUACCUUCUUCAUCUGUUCCCAUUAAGAACAAUGCAUUUUGUCUUAAUGAGACAUUGUGGCAUUACCUCGAUCCAAAUGGAAAAGUCCAAGGCCCGUUUUCUAUAAUCCAGCUUCAAAAAUGGAGUACAACCGGUUACUUUCCUGUUGACAUGAGGGUGUGGGCAAAUCACGAGGAUAAAUCCGUCCUUUUGAAUGAUUUGUUAAAAGAACAGUUUGAAAACCAUGAUCAUGAGAAUGGGAAUGGGAAUGAGAUUCCUGGGGAUAAAGAUUGUAAUCAAACCGUGGCUAGUGAGAUUCCGACUCCAAUUCCGAUUCCGGUUCCGUCUCCGUCGUCUGAUGUUUCCGUGAUUCCUUCUUCUGCUCCGGUUUCUGUCAAUCAUGAGAAGUUUUCUGAUGGGUCGUCUGGCCAUGGCCAGAAUUGGAAUGGGAAUAAUAACUUGAAGUUUAACAUGAUGGGUGUUGUGUCUUUGACCAUGUCUAAUGAGUCAACCGGAAACCUCAAUUCCGGUGAUGCGCCGAGGGAAACGGAAACGGAAACGGAACAAGUUCCUACGGACUCUAAAGAUCCGGAAACGGCUGUAUUUGAAGUGCCUGAUCCGAUUCCAGAGGAGGUGAUUGAUGAAGAGAAAAAGAUAGAAUCGGCACCGGAAUCAAAGAUUCCGAUUCCGGAUUCAGGAAAUCCGCCGAGCUGGAGUAGUGCUUCGAGUCUGGUAGUCGGUGGAGCAAAACUUGCGGCGGAAACCGAUGGGUGGGGGGUCAAACGGGAGGAAUGGGAAUCGAUGAAGCCGGUGGAGGUGGCGGGAGAUCAUGUUGCUACUCCGACUUCCAACAUUGACCAAAACAUUGAUCAAAAUAUUGACCAAAAUGCCCAUCCGUCACAGCCAGGUAAUGAUCUGCCAGCGUGGCAUGGAAUGGCGGAAAUGAUUGAAUUCAGCACUUUAGCGGAGGAAUCCGUUUCCGAUCUUUUGGCGGAAGUUGAUGCGAUGGAAUCACAAUACGGAUUACCAUCACCUACUUCUAGAAGGAAUAGUUUUGUUGAUGAUUUAUUUAACGGGUCAUUUGACGAAUUUAGCCCUACCCCUGAUCAAGGUACAAGAAGUGAUGGGUUUAGUUCUAGUGGAGAUAUUCAAUUACCAUGUCAUUCCACCACCCCAGAUGAACAUCAACAUCAACAUCAACAUCAACAUCUAGUCGGAUUUGAUUUCAUGAAAAUGGUACAAAAUCCCUUUAUUGCCCCUCAGAGAAGUAGUAAUCCAGGGAAUAUGGGUUUUAAGUGGCCGGAAUCAGAGGGAGGAAUGAUUGACAUAAACAGAUCGGCUAAAGCUGAAGGCGAUGACGUGGACAUCGAAACAAAAAUCAACGUGGGAAACGGGAAUUACAUUCCGUCCGUUGCCCCGGUUCACUCCGGAAUCAGCUAUGGCGGCGGCAUUGCACACCAGUCGGAAUUCAAAUCCGGCGAGCUUAUGCAAGCACCAAAGACGGGUGGUGCAAGAAUGGUGACAAAAGCUUUUCCAGUGAGAGAGGAGGAGGAAGGCGAGUUUAUCCAGCCGGAAGCACCACAGCCGCCACUUCUGCCGCCACCGUUGACUUUAGGGUUGGACCCGUUUGACCCACGAGAGCUGGAUUCAGAUAAAUAUAGUCAUUCAGGAAGACAAGGGAAUCGGAGCGGGAACAUAGAAUGGGAACAGAGCCAGAACCAGCGGAGAUACGGCGGUGGUGCUGGCGGCAGUGGUGGUGGAGAGAGAUAUAACAGUAGUGGUAGGGAUCAUCAUGAUGAGGAUACAGGGUAUAGCAGGAGCAGUAGGAGUUCAUGGAACAAGCAGUCUAUAUUGGGUAGUGGUGGUGGUAGCGGUGGUGGUGGCGGAGGCAGUGGGGGUGGUGGUGGUGGGUAUUCGAGGCCGCAAUCGAAAGGGCAGAGAGUAUGUAGAUUUUAUGAGAGUGGGAGGUGUAAGAAGGGGGCUUCAUGCAAGUAUCUGCACCCAUGAGGGUGGGUGGUUUGACUGGUUUCCGGCGGGUUGUUUGACCUUUUUUUUGUAAAAUCAAUUAUAUUAUAUUAUAUAUUAUUAUAUAUAUAAGGCGUGUUAAUGUCAGGUGGGAUAUGUGUAGUUUUAACGUAACUGGCCUCUUGAUUAAACUAAGUCCUUGGGUGGAUCAUAAUGAUCUCAAAUUCUCAUACAAUUGUCUUUUGUUUUCAUCGAUUCAAUUGAAUUUAUCAAGCAAAUCACCAAGUUUUAUAUUUACUUUAGCGAUUAAUAAUAUUAUAUUAAAAU